AUGCAACCGACAAGUUAUGCUAUCUUCAUGGUGACAUUUCUGGCAUUAAUCGCUGUCUGUUGUUGUCGUCCAUCAUCCUUUCGCGCAGAGGACAGUGUGAACUACGAUACCCUGCAGGACUCCUAUCUGCCCAACAGCAUGUCAUUGGGCGCUAUUCUGGAGGCACUUAAAGAGCACAUUUUACUGUCUGACUAUAAAACGAUGGAGAAACGAACAAUGAUCAACACUGAAAACCUUGACCUGUCAUUUCCAAACACCGUUGAGGACGCUCAGAUUGCAGGAAUGAAAAGAAGAAUUUUCUGGCAGCCAUUGGGAUACAUGCCGGCUGCCGCGCGAGCUCACAACGGUCCUCUAGACGCCGCAGGAAGAGGCAACAAAAGCGUUAGUUCUAACGUCUUCCGUUACGGUUAA